GAGCAUUCCUUGAAUCGUCAUCAGCUGCACAAGACAUUCCGACGUUCAGAUUCAUUACUCAGUCGAAUACAAUGGCGAGAGCAGUCAUGGCAAGAGUUGGAGUUCCUGCAGUUUACUUCUCCGUCGCGAGGGCAGCACCAGCAUUGUGUAACAGGAGUUCAGUGAUGUUCGCACCUGCUUCCAGGUUCUCAGGACGGGCUCUGAACUCCACCAAUUUGAGACAAGCUGUGUCUUCUCGCACUUGGCAGGGGGUUCAGGUCCGAGCCCGAAGCACAGCGCAGGAAGAAAAGGUGGCAGUAGGAGAUGAUAUCAUAGACAAGAUCAAUCACGAUCACCGCGAGUUGGAACAUUUCUUCCAAAAAUAUAAGGAUUCACACAAACAGGGUGAUGAUAUGGAGGCAAGGAAAUGGUUUAACCAGUUCGUGUGGGAAGUCUCUCGUCACGCAGUAUGUGAGGAACUUAUCUUCUAUCCGAUGCUAACGAAUAUGGGAGAAGAGGGGAAGAAAAUGGCUGAUGAGGCCAUUGAGUAUCACCACAAGACGAAGGAGAUUCUUGCUGACCUCCAGACUACAUUGGAUAUGGACGAAUUCGACCGAAAGAUGGACAAAAUGUGGGCGGACCUGAAGGAACAUAUGAACACGGAGGAAAGUGAGGAUCUGCCGUUCCUCCGAGACAAUACCGAUGUCUCGAGUCGAGAGAAUGCUGGAAAGACUUUCGCUCUGGGUAAAAACCUCGUCCCAACUCAUCCCCAUCCCGCAGUUCCUGAAAGGCCCGUGGCCUUAGAAGCUGCUGUGGGACUACUUAUCACCCCGUUGGACAAACUUCGUGAUAUCUUCACUCCUUUUCCAUCACAAAACAAAUCUGUAAACUAAAUCCACGUAAGGUCGGUGGAGUCCGGGCUCGUUGAAAAUAGUCCAUAGCUUCCGUGUACAUUCGAUCAGUUGAGGUAGGCAAUCUAUGUCGUGUGCAGCUUAUGCUCCGUCCUGUUACUCUAGCUUAGUCUUAGUAGGACUGGAAAUGCUCUCACAGUAACGGGGUAUAAUUACUCCCUAAGUUUGGGUGAGAGAAACCUGUUCUCUAGUACAUAUGUGUAAGAAUAAAGAUGAAUACUUG